CGUCAGUGCUGCACAACCCACGGCUGAGUCAGUGUCUGUGAGAAAAUAAACUGAAUUAAUAUGUAGAGGGGGUUGUAUCUCUGAAUAUUUAAAGCCUAAAUAUUGCAACAGCAUUAUUACACAGUAGAGGGAGGAAGCUAAAGGAAGUCUAUGGACAGGUGAGGUAGGGGGAGACUGGGGAAUUUUCUGAUUGUUCAGAGGAAUCUUGAAGAUGAUGGAAAUAUCAGAUGUGCUAAAGUUUCCUAGUAAUGCCCAAGGAUGCUGACCUGGCUUUCAGUGCUUCAUUGUUUGAAAGAGCAGAGUCCCUUUAUACUCUGAUUUCAAAAUUUUUUUCUUGUUUUUGUGUGUCUGCCUUGGCAUAUACUAAAGGAAGUACUUCCUCGCGUAUUGCUAAAGGAGGAGUUGACCACACCAAAAUGAGUCUACAUGGUGCUAGUGGGGGACAUGAGAGAUCAAGAGAUAGACGAAGGUCAAGUGACAGAUCACGAGAUUCAUCUCAUGAAAGAACAGAGUCUCAACUCACUCCUUGUAUUAGAAAUGUGACUUCUCCAACACGACAGCACCAUGUUGAACGAGAAAAAGAUCACAGUUCCUCUCGUCCAAGCAGUCCGCGUCCUCAAAAAGCAUCCCCAAAUGGUUCCAUUAGCAGUGCUGGGAACAGCAGCAGAAACAGUAGUCAGUCAAGUUCAGAUGGUAGCUGUAAGACAGCUGGGGAGAUGGUGUUUGUAUAUGAAAAUGCAAAAGAAGGAGCUCGGAAUAUAAGAACGUCAGAACGAGUGACACUAAUAGUGGAUAACACUAGAUUUGUUGUAGACCCAUCCAUUUUUACUGCACAGCCAAAUACAAUGUUGGGCAGGAUGUUUGGAUCUGGCCGAGAACAUAACUUUACACGACCCAAUGAGAAAGGAGAGUAUGAGGUGGCAGAGGGAAUUGGUUCCACUGUGUUUCGAGCUAUUCUGGAUUACUAUAAAACAGGAAUAAUCCGUUGUCCUGAUGGCAUAUCUAUUCCUGAACUGAGAGAAGCAUGUGACUAUCUUUGUAUCUCUUUUGAAUAUAGCACUAUUAAAUGUAGAGAUCUCAGUGCCCUAAUGCAUGAGUUAUCAAAUGAUGGUGCUCGUAGACAAUUUGAAUUUUAUCUGGAAGAAAUGAUCCUCCCUCUCAUGGUAGCUAGUGCCCAGAGUGGGGAACGGGAAUGUCAUAUAGUGGUGCUUACAGAUGAUGAUGUGGUUGAUUGGGAUGAAGAAUAUCCACCACAGAUGGGAGAAGAAUAUUCACAAAUUAUUUAUAGCACAAAAUUAUAUAGAUUUUUCAAGUAUAUUGAAAACAGAGAUGUGGCCAAGUCAGUUUUGAAGGAGAGGGGUCUUAAGAAGAUUAGAUUGGGAAUAGAAGGUUAUCCUACAUACAAAGAAAAAGUAAAGAAAAGGCCUGGAGGCCGCCCAGAAGUGAUCUACAACUAUGUCCAAAGACCCUUUAUUCGAAUGUCCUGGGAGAAGGAAGAAGGAAAGAGUCGGCAUGUAGACUUUCAGUGUGUAAAGAGUAAAUCUAUCACCAAUCUUGCAGCAGCUGCAGCAGACAUUCCCCAGGACCAGCUGGUAGUCAUGCACCCAACUCCACAAGUGGAUGAGCUGGAUAUUCUCCCUAUCCAUCCCCCUUCUGGCAACAGUGACCUCGAUCCUGAUGCACAGAAUCCAAUGCUGUGAUGCUGAUUUUCCUUGAAACCAUAGCAUGCUACUCUUCACAGUGACGUUGUACUCUCCUCAUUCUGCACUGCAAGGCCACUCUUCUUCAUUGUGAGAUGCACAUAACAAUGUUUAGGAUAUUGCAGUGUAGGCUUUUUUAAAGACCAAAGGUAGCUGAAUGGUUUUUUUUUUUAAAUGAGUACAACUCUAGCAUUUUGAAGUUCCAGUUAUAUAAAUGUAUUUGUUUACCAGUAGGUUUGUGAAAUUGGUUCUUUGUAUGGGGGAUGGUCCUUUUUCACACAGCUUAGGUCUUUUCAGAAGUGGUGGAAAUUGGCAGCUGGGGUACUUUCAGUUUGGACUGAUAUUCAUCACACCUCAGAUAAAAUGCAGAGUAAUAUAUAGUUGCACUUUAUAAAUGGUGGUUAAAUGGAAAUGUUCAAGCCAUUUUAUAGUUGUGAUGCACAAUAUAAUUUAAGUGCUUCUGUCAAAGUAUUCCUCCAGUAAAAUUUGUAUAGUUUGCUGCCCUUGAUGAGCAAAAAGUAUUUAUCUUGGGCUUAUCUGAAUUAUCAGGAUGAGAUUUAAUGCCCAUAUCUUACCAGUUCAGUUAUCUCCAGGGCCGUUUCACCCUUUAGAGUGAGUCACAUGCAGGGAGUGUGAAUGUCAGAGGUGGUUUAAUAUCCAGUCUGCCUUACCCUUAAUCUGUUCACAGAUAUUUAUUUACUAAUGCUUUUUUUUUCUUAAGAGUUAUGGGAUAGGAAAAUGAAGUGUUUGCUCUUCAUUUACUAAAUGAUUGUAAACUUGAGUUUUUCAUCAAAAUAAAAUUCCAUUGUUUUAA